AAAAAAUGUAGAGUAAAUAAAUAAAAUUUUAAUCAUUUAAAAUUGGAAUUCAUUCAAAAAAGUAUUAAGAAUUAGGAAAUAAGAAAUGGACGCUGGACGAAUUGAAGAUACGAAUAGAACAAAGAUAAAUUUUAAAAUUCCUAUGAAAUCAAGUAAAAAUUCGGAAAAUGUUGGUCAUUUACAAUCUAUGGAAAAUUUUUCGUCCCCAUUGAUAUCAGAUUCCCAACAAGAAAAAGUUGUUGAAAAUAUAGAUGUCAAUGAGAUUCGGAAAAAUACCACCUUAACAGAAUCAAUUAGCAAUGAAAAACCAUUGAAAAGAAAACUAAAUUCUGAAAUGGCUUUAUAUGCCGGUAGAAAUACAUUAUAUCCUGAAGAAUUAAACAACCUUAUAUUACCAUUAUUCUGUAAACUAUGUAACGCAGCUUUAAAUUCAGCAAAAAGUGCUCAUUUUCAUUAUUUGUCAAAAAGUCAUGAUAAGAAAAUAAAUAAUUGGUUGUCUGACUGGUCAAAACGUACAGGUGAACCAGCACCUAAAAUUGAAAAAGACAAUAAUAUAAUACCUAAAGAUUCUGAAAUUUUCUUUUGUCAAUAUUGCAAUGUAAAAUUGACAUCUUUGCAAGAUGCUAAGCAACAUUACAGUGGAAAAAAGCAUGCAUCAAAAAUUAAUUCCGGUAUAAAGCCAUUGAACAAAAAUAAUGUUCCUAAAAAUGUGAAUAUUUGUGCAGUUGACCAAAGAUUUGGAAUCGGAGAAUCAUUUAAAGUGGAUCUUACAACAGUUGAAACACAGAAUAAAAAUGUUGAAAAUGAUUUGAUUGGACCAAAAAAAGUCUCAGAAAUAGAGGCAAAUAGUAUUAAUCUCAAUGUUUCACAAAUUAAUUCUAAACCAAAUACAUACUGUGAAAUUUGUAAUAUUUAUACAACAUCUGAGCAACAGUUAACAAUCCAUAUGCAAGGAACAAAACAUUUUAAAAAAUUCAAAGAAGUUUGCCCAGAAAAAGCUUUUGCUGAAAGAGAUUCUCAUUUAUCAAGAUUUAUUUUAAAUUGUCGCACACCUUCUGGUGUAUUUUAUUGUAAAACAUGUGAUAUAACUGUUGCCGAUGAUAAAAGUUUUUCACAACAUUUUAUUAGUAAAAGACAUACGAGAAAUCUUAAAAAGCGAAAAGGUCAACCAGAACAAAAUGCAAUUAUUAACAAUUUAAAAGAAUAAUGGAAUUUACACCUACGAAAAUACAAAUAAAAGAUGAGAUGACACGUGCACUAAUAACUGUCAAGAAUACCUCCAAAAUUUUGCCAUUCCUCUUAAAAGGUUUUAUAUUUGGAGAUUUCGGCAUCGGUCCGUUUAGAGAUUCACAAAUUUGCAGACGGUUCUUUGUAUUUUUCUGUUACUUCUUUCAUAGGAAUGCUUAAUUUCAUCAUAUAUUUUCGAUACUCUCAAGGAAUUUCCCUCUUUUUUUCUUUUUUUUAAGCAUUUUUAACUUAUGAUACCCAUUGACACGAUUAGUUCCUUAAUCGCAAGUGUAUGUAAAUCUAUUUGACUAUCCUAUAAUUAUUAACUAUUGUAUUUGUUUAGUAUAGGAAAAAAAAAAUUAUUAUAAAUUAUAAAUCA